AUGAGGAAUUUUCAAGCCGCGUUGGAAGAUUGCAAUCUGCUGGAUUUGGGUUUUACUGGGCCAACUUUUACUUGGACGAAUGGGAGAAGUGGUCGUGAGUUAUCUUUGGAGCGUCUGGACAGGGCAGUAGCUAACCCUGAAUGGUGCCAGCUCUUUGAUGCGGUGGAUGUCCAAGUUCUUCCCAGGUGCUUCUCUGAUCAUAACCCUCUACUUGUGUCUAUUUCUAAUUCACAACAUGUUAAAUGGAGAAAGAGCAGACAGUUCCGCUUUGAAGCUUCGUGGGUGGCACACAAAGAACACAAACCUUUGAUUAAACAAGUCUGGCGAGUCAAAGCCCCUGUUCGUGACAAGUGGCGGAGGAUAAUUAGUAAGCUGGAGGGAUGUAGGAAAUCACUUCAACAUUGGGCUAGAAAACAAGGGGAUCAAGUGGAGGGGAAGAUACAAGAGAAGUUAAAGAACCUGCAAGCCCUUCAACAAUUUUCUGAACCGAGCAGAGCAGAGGAGGAAAAAGUUCUCAAAGAUGAACUGAAUAUUCUUUUAGAAGAGGAGGACCUGAAAUGGCGUCAAAGAUCAAAAGAAAAUUGGCUCAGGAAUGGGGACAGGAAUACCAAGUACUUCCAUGCGUGUGCCUCUCAGCGCAACAGGAGGAACCAAAUUCAGUAG